GGAAAGGAAAUAACAUUUGAAAUGUAAAUAAAAAUAUCCUGUAACAAAUGUUCUGUGAAAUCUUUUUUUAAAAAGUUUUGUCUCUGUUGAGAGAAUAAAAAUGUGGGCCACUCUUCAUUAUAGAAAAAAACAUUUGAAGAUCAUUUUUCUGUAUAAUCACUUCAAAAACAUGAAUAUCAAUUUGGAGGUAAGAGACAUCUGGCAUUUCUUAAAUUAGUGUUGCAGAGAAAGCUAUCAUUUUAAACAUCGGCAAAGAUGUCAGUUUUUGUAUUAAUGACAUGAUUACAUACUUAUUGAAUUAUGUAUGCUAUUUUUAUACAUGAAUACCUGUGUAAUAAUCAAACCAGGGUAUAUACUGCCAGUAUAAUUUUGCAUACACCAAAAUUUAAAGAAAUUCACAGCUGUGAAGAGUAAAGUCCUAGUUAUAGAACAGCCAGCAGUGGAGCUCCAAUCAGCAGAGAGCAUUAGGACAUAAGGAUUGGAAUAGUGGAGUUGGUGACAGUGAUGGUAGUUGUUUGCUCAUAGAGCCAUGGGAUAGAUGGUAGCCAGGACCCUCAGGCAUGGAAGGGGACAACAUGUAAUGAUAAGAGUGCUGACCGGAAAUGAGGCUUCUGAUGUGACCAUUGAUGUAGAAUUGGUUGGGUGCCAUUUCCUAAGGACUCUUGACUUGGGACUUUCUGUGACUGCAUCUUCAGGAACCCUAGAAAGAGUGACACCGAAGGCAGGAAUUCUGCUUGGCAAGGCAUCUUACUACCAUAUGGACAAACAGGACUCUGGUAUUUCUGUUUACAAACACCACAGGGAACAUGAGUAAAGAGAACAGUAUCUCCUAGUGCAGUCCACAUUGAGAAUUUGGUCAAAGGACCACAGUCAUUACUCUAGUCAGUUUUUCACAUUAACAUACAUCAAAGUGAAAAUAACUAAUCUGUAAGACUCAUAUCAAAGAAAGAAAUUGUGGAAAAAGGAAGAAGGAACUUCAACCUAAGACUUACACAUUCCAACAGAUGAAAAAAGAUACAACACAUGGGAGUCAAAACUCCACUCUCACAUCUACAUAAGUGAUUACUUCACAGCAUCAGAAGACAAAGAGGAUGAUGUAAUUAGAUUGCCAGAUCAAGUUUGUGGUGAACUAAUGUUACGCAGUUUUAAACACUAUGAUGGUUAGAAGCCCCAUUUCCAGUCUCUCACUUUGGAUCUCCAUUUUUUAUUUCAUUGCAAGUGAUUAUUGGCCCAGGAAGUGGCACCGUUGGGAGGUGUGACUUUAUUGAAGUAGGUGUGGCCUUGUUGUAGGAAAUGUGUCAUUGUGGGCAAGGGGCUUUAAGGCCCUCAUCCUAGCUCACGGGAACCAGUCUUUCCCUUCUGCCUUCAGAAUGAGAUGUAGAACCCUCAGCUCCUCUUGCACAAUACCUGUCUGAAUGCUGCCAUGCUCCCACCUUGAUGAUAAGAGGCUGAACCUCUGAACCUGUAAGCCAGCCCCACUUAAAUGUUGUCCUUAUAAGAGUUGCCUUGGUCAUGGUGUUUGUUCAUAGCAGUAAAAUACUAAGAUAAACACCAAGUAGACGAAUCAAAUAGAAUUAAGUCCAAAGAAUUUAACACAGAGAGAAGAAAGUUUUCAGAGGGUACAAAUGAAAUAGUAUCUUGGUAUAAAAAUUUAAAAUAUGGAGAAACACUGUAAAGAACUAUAUGGGAAUUUUGUAAAUAAAAACAUCAAUCAGUAAAACAAUGCAAUAUAAAGCAUUGGUAUCAGAUAAAAUUACACAGAAAAAAAACACCAAAAUAUCACAAAUGAAGGGCAAGAUCAAUAUAAUAAUACACAUAUGUAUAUAUAAAGAAAAUGUAUGUAAGAACAUGACCAAAAUUUUAGGACACAUUCAAAAGACAAAAUUUACGAAUAUCUUGGAUAGAAGAAUAAAAUCAAAUUGUUGAAACAAGCUUUCCUAUGAGAUUAUUAUCAAUAAUUUCCCAUACCUAGAAAAUUAAUAGACAUCCAAACAGAGGAAGCAUUCUUAACUUCAAAUAAGCACUAUCAGAAAAAAUUCCUCUAUGACAUUACCAUAAUUAAAAUUCAAAUAAAAUGGCAUUAAAAACUGUAAAUGACAAUACAAAGUCCCAUAAGAAGGCAAAAACAUGAGGAUAAUGUUGGGUCUGUUGUACACAAUACUACAAGCUAGGAGACUAUGAAACAAUGAACUUCAGGCUUUGAAAGGAAAUAAUCAUCAGCCAACAUUUCUACACCCAAACAUUAUUUAAGACAAUUUAAAGCCAGAAUUAAGGCAACUCUAAAAUACUCAUGAUUACUGUGCAUUUGUGUGCAUGAUGUAUGUGUAUCAGCCUGCAUGUGCUGUGGUAUGCACAUGGAGGUCAAAAGAUAACUUAGGAGUCAGUUCUCUCCUUUUGAAGAACCAGCAUCCCCACAUAUUAGGCUUAUAAGCCAUUUUACACUAAGGAUAAACUAGGUUCAUUCCUGUUCAUGAUUAAACCUAUGUUUCUGCAGGACUGGGCUAUGCACCAUCUGUAACUUUGACUACAAAUGGUUCCAUGUUGCCUGUUGCAGGAAUUGAAAUCAUGUCUUUGUUGCAAAAAGUUGUUUAUAACCAUCUUGCAAACCUACUUCUGUUUCAAUAGCCUUGUUAUGACUAUGUGUUGUUACCUCCACCUUGUAACCAUGUCUGUGUUUCAGGAGGUUGUUAGGACUAGCUUAUUAUGAUGUUACCUACUAGCUUCUUGUUUAAUCUUCUCUAUAAACUGAAACACGGUUGGAGGUAAGGUGAGGAGAAACAGGUGCUUUUUUUCUCCUCUUAAUUUUGACUAAAACUGCAAAUGAAUCCAUUUUGUUUAACCCACCAAAAUUAAAGAAAAAAAAAACCCACCUAUUCAGAUAUUCCCGGGAGCCAAGCUUCUAUGAGCCUGAUUCCCCAGGCACAGCUGUAUGGUUGUUGAAAUAUCCACAGCUGUCAUCUCGAUUCAGGUACCUGAAUUUGGUUCUGGAAGGCAAGGACCUCUUCCCUAAUUAAAUUACUAUUUGUUUUUCAUUUAAUAAAGGUAACAGUGGAGUAGCAAAAGGUAAGGAUAGGAUGUUUGCACAGGUUGCAAUCCAGCCCCAUGUCUUCAUGCAAAACAUUUUUCAAAUGAAUGAAGCCACUGAACCACAGUGUGCUCAUCUACAAAAAGGGUCUCACAAUAGAAACAGUUUUAUCACAAUAGAAUAAAAAUUGAUGUUGAGCACUGUGGCACAUGUCUGUUAUCCCAGUAUGCUCGGAGCAGAGGCAAGAUUAUCGUUAAGUUUGAAGCACUGGUAUUCUGCAGUGGGAUUCAAGCAAACUGCCUGAAAGGUAUUUAAAGAUAUGCCUGGCAUAGAGAAAGGGCUAGGAAACAUCAGCUGUUAUUUUUAUUGCCUCCCUCAAUUCUGUUUCCAUGAAGUGGUUCCACUGAUAUAUUCAAAGAACAUGAUUGUGCAAUAUAUAUGUCUCUAGUUUAUCUUAUUUUCUUAAAGAUGAAACACCAAAUCACCAGAGAAACUUCUUAGUGUACUGGGCAUCAGGUAAUGUAGAAAUCUGUAAUUGGCUAAAGUGGACAGUGAUGGUGAGGAGCUAAGCCUUCAGUGGGGCAUUCAUAUCAGCCCCUGCAGGGUUCAAGGAACAUCACAAUGGAACUGAAGAGAUGGGUAAGUAGUUAAGAGCACUUGCAACUCAUGCAGAGGCCCUGGGUUUGGUUCCUAGUACCAAUAUGGUGGCUUCCAGCCAUUGUCUGAAGUGCUAAUGCCAGGGGACCUGAUGCCCUUUUCUGCCUUCUGUAGGCACUGUAUGCAUGUGGUAUACAUAAGUGUAGGUAAAACACAUAUAAGAUAAAUACAAAUGCAUAUUAAAGUAAUAAAGAAUGUCAUAGGAGCAGGGCCCAAAAGAUUGUAAGAGUGAGAAGAUGGGGAGAUGUGCUUGAAGAGGAUGCCAUCUGGAUAGAGCCUUUGCUUUUGCGAACUCACUGCAGCUGUGGUUAUCUUCACAAGAGUUGCACAAGGUUGGGCCCUGUCUUGUUAGGGCUCAACUGAUGUGAACAGACACCAUGACUAAGGCAACUCUUAUAAAGGACAACAUUUAAUUGGGGCUGGUUUAGAGGUUCCGAGGUUCAGUUCAUUAUUAUUAUCAAGGUUGGAACAGGGCAGCAUCUUGGCAGGCAUGGCACAGGAGGAAAUGAGAGUUCAACUUCUUUAUCUGAAGGCCACUAGGAAAAGGAAAAGACUGACUUCUAGUCAGCUAGAAGGAGGGUCUUAAAGCCCACACCCACAAUAACACACUUUAUACAACAAGGCCAUACCUACCCUAACAAAGCCACACCUCCUAAUAAUCCCACUCCCUGGGACAAGCAUAUUUAAAUCACCACAGGCCCGUCAAUAUUUUACUGCUGACAGGAGAUGGGCUUCACAGGUACUAUUGGUAACUAACAGUUGUUGGGAGAAGGUGUUUCUGCUUUUUGAACAGUGUAACCACUGAUAAGUUUCUCUUUCUCCAGUAAACAUGUACCGCUUCCUGGUCUUGGAGCAAGCAACCCUAAUUAAAUAUAGUGGGUCAUACACCAAGAAGACAUAGAAAUAAAAAGGGGACUUAGCGAAAAGGGUUUCUAUGGAGGAAGAAAGGGGACCAGAGGGCAUGAAAAUGGCCAAAAUUAUUUAUAUAAAUAUCUGAAACUAUUCAAAACAAUGAAAAGAAAUCUCAAAUAUUCCCUUAGGUUAUUAUACUAUCUUUAUUAAUUAUCACUUUUGGAUUUGGAAUUGACUCAGCUCUCAGAACAGUGAUUUUCCUAACUCCUAGCUAUGGGUGAGUUGCUUCAGUGUCUUCAGCCAUCCAUCUUACUUCCGCCUGAGCUAGCUCACCAUUUCUCAAACUACACAUUUCUGCAACAGCAGCAAGAUCUUCCUGACAUCUUUCUCAAGCCCACGUUUUUGUUGUACUUUAUUUUAUUUUAUUUUAUUUUUGCUUUGGACCACAGGGUGGAUGUCUUUUCCAUUGGUGUACUGGCUGCACCCUCCACUGUGGCUCACUGCAUUCUUGAAGGACAACCUUUUAGUCUGUAACACUGUGCAGUGUUGUCCUUCAGGCAGAUGCCACAAGGAUUACUCUCCUCCCUUCUCAUGGCAAGCUGUGAACUCUCCUCUUCUCCUCUGAGCAGGUUGGGCACCCUGGCUACCCCCUUCUGGCACUUCAAGUCUUUGCAAGGCUAGGCACUUCCUCUCCCACUGAGGCCAGACAAAGCAGACCAAGCUGUACGCUCUUAAUCGAUUCUAACCAGUGGAAUGUGUACAGAAGUGACUUGUGCCACUUCACUGUUCUAAGAGUGAAAUGCUGGGUGGGUGCAGUGGGAGAGGAAUCCGUAUACACUGCAGUGAGGAUAAAGAUUUGUGAAAUCACCACAGAAAUCAAUAUGGAAGCCCCCCUCCAAAACAAAACUCCUAAAAAUAAAGUUACUAUUUGAUCCAGCUAAACCACUCAAGGAUAUAUGCCCAAAGGAACCAUGUUAUUCCUGCACAUUUAUGCUUAUUAUAGCACUAUUUACAAUAGUCAGGUUAUAGAUCAAAGCCAGAUGUCUACCAAUAAAUGAAUAGAUAAAAGAAAAUAUGGCACAUAUACAAAGUGGGAUUUCUACCCAACCAUGAAGGAGAAUAAAUUUGUGGCACUGUUAGGAAAAUGAAUGGAACUGUGGAAAUAUGACAGACUCAGAAAAACAAAUCUUAUAUAUAGACUAAUAUGUAAAUGUGCAUUGAUGUAUUUGUAUAUAUAAAAGUAGGUAAUGGGUGAGUGAACAUGAAAGAAGUACAAGGAUAUAUAUGUGUGAAAACAUCAUGAUUAAAUCCAUUACUAUAGAAAUUUAAAAAAUGUAAAGAUAAAGAUAAUGAAGGGAUAUACCAUUGUCUUUCUCAGGUUCAAGGCCUAGUGAAAUGAAGCCAGAGAACUGGGUACCUGAGUUACCCCAGAAGAAGUUCAUAUGCUAGCAUGGAUCUUCCACAUGGCAGUCUCACACCAUGGAGGAAUAAAAAUCAUGUCCAUUCUUUUUUCCUGUUUAUGAUUUUGUUUUGAACUAUGUGUGUAUGUAUACAUUUAUGCAUAUACAUAUAUGUGCCUAUGGAGGCCAAAAAAUGACAUCAGAUCACUUGCAGCUGGAGUUAAAGACUGAUAUAGUUUCUUGAUGUAGGUUUUCAGAACUAAACUUGGGUCCUUUCUAAGGACAGUAUAAAUUCUUUACCACUAGCUAUCCUUUCUGGGUCCAGCCUGGUCCAUUUUAAAAGGCAUAAAACAUGACUUCAAGUUAUAUAAUCUUUGAGGAAGUUUGAUAUAUAUUUUUCUUAGACUAUGGAUUUCAUUGACUUGUAUAAUUCAAGUGUCAUGUACACAUAGACCUAGUUCAAUACAUAGCCACCACUGUGAAAAUGGUCCAGUUGAUCAGAAAAAUGAACAAAUCUAUAUACGGUUAUAUAAAAGCAUGACUGAUUUAAGCCUCUCCAUUUUAUUUUAGGCAUGCCAAGCACAGUGAUGGCAAGCUCAAAUUUAACUGUGUCUCUCUUGGCAGGUCAAGGCCAACAUAGCUGAUGUAAACCUGAUAUAUUGAUCAGAGAUGGUGUUUAUGGAGGACAUGGGCAGGCACAAGAAUAUUUUAAGAGAACAAUUCUCCUUUAUAACCCUGUCAAGAAAGAGGAACCAAGCCAUGUGUGAAACACUUGAGAGGCAAACAAGUUGUGGAAUGAGCUCAGCUGCAUCUAAACUUAGGGGCCUGAAACAUGUUUUAGAACCUGACACCUUCUUGUGAAGCCAGUGACUAACGGAAAGAGUAAAAUGUCCAGAAGAGAAACCUCUUCCUCUUCAUGUGAGGAACCUCAUAUUGAAACCCUGUGAAGAGAUCCAGUGCACACAUCCUGUUUCUUGUGCCUGCUGCAGGGCUUCUGCUCCAGCCAGACCUGGUAAGGUUGCUGGAGCCUGAGUCAUGCCACUUCAUUCUGUCAUCGUGCUGGUGCUUGUACUGUGCCUGGGAUGGAAAAGUAACACACAGGAGGAAUCUCUGUCCGAUUUCACUAUCUGCGCUGAGCCAGGUCCUGUGAUUCCUCAAGGGAAUUUCAUAACCAUUGUGUGCUCAACCUCUGGUGAAUAUGACACGGUCCGCCUGGAGAAGGAAGGCAGCACCUUUAUGGAAAAGAAAACAGAGCCUCAUGGAAAACAGCAUAGAUUCCGUAUUGGGCCAGUGAAUGAAACCAUUACUGGAUAUUAUAACUGUAUCUUUGAAAAAAAUUAUGUAUGGUCUCAACGAAGUAAUGAUCUGCAGCUAAAAGUGAUCAAAGAAAAUGUCACCCAGGGUCUUGCCCCAGGUCCAUCAAUGACCUCAGAUACAUCUUGGCUGAAGACGUACAGCAUUCACAUUCUUACUGUGGUCUCUGUGAUUUUCCUCCUUUGUCUUUCCCUCUUUCUAUUCUGCUUUCUUAGCCACCGUCAGAAAAAGCAGGGACUUCCAAACAAUAAGAGCCAGCAUCAGAGGUCACAGGAGAGGCUCAACCUAGCUACUAAUGGCCUGGAGAAGACAUCAGACAUAGUCAUGGAUGACAGCCUUUCUGAGGACAGACAGACAGAAACUUGGACCCCAGUUGCAGGAGAUCUUCAGGAGGUGACAUAUGCCCAGCUGGACCAUGACUCCCUCACACAAAGGACUGUUAAAGAUGUGACCCCACAGAACAGAGUUAUCAUGGCUGAGUCCAGUACAUAUGCAGCCAUCAUGAGAUGCUGAGCCUGGGCAUCCUGGAGACACAAAUGGUCACUAUUGGAAAGCCUGAAGAAGCCACCAAAUGCUUCUCUUGGGAUCAGCCUAGUGUGGAAGCUAGGUCCCUAUUCCCCAUCCAGGAGUUGAAUUAUAUAUGUGCUAGUAUCAGCCCUUGGAAAGACUAUAUUGCAGUAGCUUUCAGAGCCCCAAUUACACUCACCUAGCUGUUUCCAGAGACACAGUUACAGUUCUUUAGCUGUUUCUUCAGACCCAUCUACAUCCCAUAUUAUUUAAUGAGUAGCAUUGUGUUUGUCCACCUGCCUUUACAUCCCCAGUUGUGUAAUGAGCCCAGUGAACCCUAAAGUCUUCCUUGGAUCUCUCUGCUGACUCUGACUACAGUGCACUCAUGUGAAGAUUGCUGUCUGUAAGCAGGAGAGGGCAGGUGAAAGAUAAGACAAGAGCCUGUGAUUGGACAGUAGAAAAGGAGGGCUGGCUGAUAGUUUUUGAGAGGCAGGACAGAGAGGAGAGAAGGGAGAAGAAAGGAGGAUGGAGGAAGAGAAGGAUGACCCAGAUCCAUGUGGCCUUAGAUAGCCACAGGUAGCUAUAAAUAUCUUAUAAGGGAUGGCUAAUUACAGGACAAUUUUUCUUAUCUAGGUGGUCAGUUUAUAUUAAUAUCAAUUGGCUCUGAGUUUGUUAUGUGGACAUUUUGUGGGGUGAGAAUUUACUGAUAUAAAUCUGAUAAAUUACAA